GCUUCGCUUACAACAGGGUUGUAACAGCUUCCGUCAACAUCCCAGGGCUGAAAUGGAGCUGCUGGGACUCACUACGCUUGCUCUCCUGGUUUCUGUGACGUGCCUCAGCCUCCUUUCAGUGUGGACAAAAAUGCGCACUGGGGGGAAGCUGCCCCCUGGCCCCACUCCACUUCCCAUUAUUGGGAAUCUACUGCAGUUGAACCUCAAGAACAUCCCCGCAUCGCUUUUCAAGCUGGCCAAAGAGUACGGGCCUGUUUACACUCUGUACUUUGGAUCCUGGCCCACCGUGGUCCUACAUGGCUAUGAUGUGGUAAAGGAAGCCCUACUCGAUCAAGGUGAUGAGUUCCUUGGGAGAGGACCUCUGCCCAUUAUCGACAAUAACCUGAAGGGAUCUGGAAUCGUUUUCAGUAAUGGAGAGAGGUGGAAAGUCCUGCGACGCUUCUCCCUCAUGACACUGAAGAACUUUGGUAUGGGAAAGAGAAGCCUCGAGGAGAGGGUGCAGGAGGAAGCCCAGUGCCUUGUGGAGGAAUUACAAAAAACAGAAGCUCAGCCCUUCGACCCCACCUUCAUCCUGGCCUGUGCUCCCUGCAACGUGAUCUGCUCCAUCCUUUUCAACGAGCGAUUCCAAUACAAUGACAAGACAUUCCUCAACCUCAUGGAUCUUUUAAAUACAAAUUUUCGCGAAGUGAACUCUGUAUGGUGCCAGAUAUACAACCUAUGGCCAACAAUCAUGAACUAUAUCCCUGGAAAACAUAAAGAAUUCUCAAAAAGACUCGAUGACGUUAAAAAUUUCAUCCUAGAGAAAGCGAAGGAACACCGGGAGUCCCUGGACCCUGCCAACCCUCGGGACUACAUUGACUGUUUCCUCAGUAAGAUUGAGGAGGAGAAGCACAACCUGAAAUCUGAUUUUGACCUGGAGAACUUGGCGGUCUGUGGCUCUAACUUAUUUACAGCAGGCACCGAGACAACCAGCACCACCCUGAGAUUCGGGCUUCUGCUCCUUAUGAAGCAUCCAGAGGUGCAAGCCAAAGUUCACGAAGAACUUGAUCGCGUGAUUGGACGCCACCAACCCCCCAGCAUGAAGGACAAGAUGAAGCUGCCCUAUAUGGAUGCUGUGUUGCAUGAGAUUCAAAGAUACAUCACUCUCCUUCCUUCUAGUCUGCCCCAUGCUGUGGUCCAGGACACAAAAUUCAGACACUAUGUCAUCCCCAAGGGCACUGCAGUCUUCCCGUUACUGUCUUCCGUCUUGUUGGAUCAAAAGGAGUUUCCCAACCCAGAGAAGUUUGACCCAGGACACUUUCUGGAUAAAAAUGGCUGCUUCAAGAAGACAGACUUCUUUGUUCCUUUCUCCCUCGGGAAGCGGUCCUGUGUUGGCGAGAGUUUGGCCCGUAUGGAGCUAUUCCUGUUCUUCACCACCAUUCUGCAGAAGUUUUCCCUAAAGACUCUGGUGGAGCCAAGGGACCUUGAUAUCAAGCCUGUUACUACUGGGCUUAUCAACUUGCCACCACCUUACAAGUUAUGCCUUGUUCCAAGAUAAGAGCUUAUCCUUGUGAUCAUUCAAACCAAAGUAAUUUGUUUCCUUUUUCUAUAAACAGUCUCUUUAUGCUAAGUACUGCCUAGGCUAGAAACAUCACUCAUUAAAACCACAUGGGCAUUCGUUUCCAUCUAAAAAUCUGGGUCCUGAAAGCUCCCAGGACACAGGCAAGGCGUCUAUGUUCCUCACCUGCUCUGUGACCAGGCCCCAAGCACAACUGACACCAGAUACACAAGGCCCUCAUCAGACACCACCUGCAAGUAACAUCAAGUGCUCUUCUGUGGCUUCAGAAAUGGAAUUCUAUUCUGUCAUUGUUUCAAUAGAGAAAUUAAUGUAACGACCCACACACAUUUUCCUGUUCUCACUUAAAAGCAUGUAUGUGGUUUGUGUCACAUUCACGAAAUAAAUUCUCACCCCAAUAAUA